AUGCAACGGGCUGGCUGCGGUCGAGUCGCGUCUGUUCACCCAGAUGCUCACACUCUCGUCCUGGAAACCUGUGAAAACUUAGAACUGAACGCAAACAGGGGUGAGCUGGAGCCAGAUGUGGGGGCGUCCCGGGUCACUGACGGCUCCUGGGGUCCUCGGAGUCAGAGCGACUGGCGCACGUUCCUGCUUUUCACCAGGAAACUUGGAGACUGGAGCCCCGAGGAGCCUGAUGAAGCCCUUGUCCCCGAGAUGGCCUCUGUCCGAAUCUGUACCAGAAGCUGUGUCCCCAGAGUCUUCUGCUUAACCAGAGAGCAGCUUCCAGGGCUCCCGCCGGGAAGAAGCGCAGCAGUUGCCUGCUGCCCUUUCCUGGAGGUCGGGCCGGCGUUGGCCCAAGAGGCUGGCUCCCUGCUAAGCCGGACUCUCAUUGUUCCGCAGCCCACUCGUGCUCCCUGCCUUCCCCAGGUCUCACCUUGCAACCAGCUUCCCCAGUGCCAGGAAGAAAGGCCCGUCAACCCGACUUUGGAUGUGGCCUUUGCAUCUAAACUGCACCCCGUGUCAGAAGGAGAAAAACAAAAUCCCACGUAA